AUCAAUUGUCCAUACACAAGGCACGUGUGCUUCGUAAUUAGAUUUUUUUCAAGUACAUAUCGCGGAUUUCAGUGCAAGUCUUAUCAUAUCUUUGUUAUUUAUUCUAGACGAUUUUUUCGUACUUGAGAAUCGAGGUGGUACAUCGAAUUCAAACAACAAUUUAUGUAAAAUUUCUACUAUUUGAAAAACAUUUUUUGACUCUAGUGACAGUGUUUACGUACUCUGCGCGUUGAAUUUCGACCACAAAGUGUUUGUAGAAAAAUGAAAGCCUCAAGAUUGGAAUCGUGCAUCAAGCUGCCACUAUCGAGCGAUAUUUUCAGUGAAACUGUUGCGAAAGCCAAAGAUUAUACGCUGAUGCAUGGCGUUUCAAUGCAUUCCAAGUCGCCAUAUGAUAGAGACCGAGUUACGAUUGCACCUUUUGUUUUAUUGCCAACAAGCUUUCCAAAAAAUGAAUUCAAAAAAGCUAAAAGAAUUCAAAGCACUUUCAACACUUUGAUGCACAAAGUAGCCCAUGAUUAUGAGUUUUUGGCAGAGAAUUUAAACAAUGUACAAAGUGACGAGUUUACUGCUAAAUUGUUUGCUAUAUACAAAACUGUUCAUAAUGAAGGCCAAACUCAGCCGCUGAGUCUUGGUCUACUGCGUUCGGAUUACAUGCUACAUACCGGUACCAAUAUGGAAAUAAUUCAAGUAGAAUUGAACGCUAUAGCAUCGAGUUUUGGUGGAUUAUCGACUCGAGUUUCUCAAUACCACAGAUACAUUUUAAAAGAAUUGGGUCACUCGGAUAAGAUAGAAAAUAUUCCAGAGAAUUUUACCGUGACCGGGCUUGCAAGUGGACUAACCGAUGCCUGGACCAUGUAUAAUGAUGACAAGGCUGUGAUAUUAUUUAUUGUUGAAGAUAUUACGUAUAACAUUUGUGACCAGAGAGCCGUAGAGUUUGAAAUUCGACGUUUGAAUAAAAAGAUUAAAGUAAUCAGAAGGACCUUCAAAAAUUUGAUCAACGAGGAAGCACAUUUGGGACCGAACAAGGAGCUUAUCGUGGGAGAACACGUGGUAGCUCUGGCUUAUUACCGUACAGGUUAUCAGGUAGAAGCAUACCCGGGAACGGAGGACUGGUCAAUGAGAUUACUGAUUGAACGUUCACGGGCAAUAAAAUGCCCUUCCAUUCAAUAUCAGCUGGCAGGAACAAAAAAGAUACAGCAAGUUCUCGCUCAACCAAAUGUGCUCAACAGAUUUUUGAAUAAGGUAGAAGCAGAGUCUAUACGACAAGUUUUCACCGGGCUCUAUUCUCUCGAAUUAAAUGACGAUGGCGAUAAAGCUGUAGCAAUGGCAAUCGAGAAUCCAAAAAACUUCGUCCUCAAGCCGCAACGAGAAGGGGGCGGGAAUAACGUUUAUGGAGAAGAAGUUGCAACGGUUUUGAAAUCGAUGAGAAAUUCGGUCGAUCGGACAUGUUGGAUACUCAUGGAUCGAAUAGAUCCUCCAGUCCAAGAAAAUUACAUUGUACGUUCGGGCAAAGAAACGGUGCUUCAGGAUAUAACUACGGAAUUGGGAAUUUACGGAGUUAUCAUUGGUAACCACAACGAAAUUAUCGUGAAUCGCCAAGUCGGUCAUGUUUUGCGCUCGAAACCGGUGACUUCGAACGAGGGUGGAAUUUUGGGAGGUGCCGGUGCUCUCGACAGUCCGUAUCUCGUCGCGUGAAUAAUUCUGUCUUGUUGAAGAAGUAUGCCACUUUAUCAUCCGUUCGUUCUAUAUCGGGUGAAUAUGAUUUUAUUCUGAAUAUUCAGUCGUCGCUUCUUUUACCAUCUCGAUGGAAUUUAUUUUUCCUCGUCCUAUGGCCUUAGGUCUCGGGUCUCAACGCCAAUUUCCUUCUUUUAUUCUUCUUUCUUUUUCUCCUAUUUUACCACUCGCCUUUCCUCGAGUAAAUGAAUUUGAUAAUUAUAAGGAAUUUAUAUAUUUUAACAAUAAUGGUGGGAUCCAACGAACUGGGCUUAUGGUGUUGUACGAAUCGGCUCGAGUUUUUUACAAUCGGCUGGUGAUGUUGUGUACAUAUGAAUUAAUUCAUUUCAAGAGGAUUAAAAAAGGCAAAAAAUAUUUCGAAUAUUAAAGAGAAAUUGUUGCAA